UUCUCUUCAAAAUUGGAGUCGGAAAAACCAAUCCCUAAAUUAUCUUCUCAGAUCAAACCCCCUAAAGUCGUGGAUGGAGAUUUCUUCUGUUGCUGCAAAUUAAUUAUUAGAAUGGCGAGAAUCAUCAAAAAAGCUGCUGCAUCUUUAACCCCAGCGUUGCUGGCGUAUACGAGGAAGACCCCUCUUAGAAAUUACAGCACUUCAUCAUCCAUAUUCAUCAACCCCAAAUUGAAGAACAAGAGUACCAGUCUAAUCUACAGACAAGAUCUGCCUUUAAAUCUUCAGUUGUUCUCUUCUACCGCUGAGAAUAAUAAGGGACCGUCCGUAUGUCCUGAGGUGAAAGCUGAAGAUCUUCUUCACAAGGUUGUGCAGACACCAAGUGAUUUUCCCUUCAAAAUUGAAGAUAAACCAGGAAAGCCAACGGUAACAUUGACUAGAGAAUACUGGGGUGAUGAUAUCAAAGUCAUGUUCACAUGCCUGCAGGUCGUUCCUCUACUGUCGAAAAAGAGGGGUGAUUAA